CUCUUCCUUUGCUUUUGCCGGGAGUCGGAUCUCGCCGAAAUCUCCUCCGUUUUUUAUCUGCAAGUCGCCAAACACGAUUCGUCUCAGUUGUGCAGCUGAAGUCUCUGAACAUUUUUGGGAGUAUGAAUCCAGCGAAUUACCAGCCUCCGUACCACUGGGCUCCGAUGCUACCUCCGGAUCCGCCUCGCUGUGGUGUGUUUUGGAAUACGAAGAACGUAAGCGAUCAGCUCAAACAACUCCAAGAUACUCUUCACCUCGCAAAAUCAAUGGAGGAUGAACUGGAUGCAUUGAGGAUGAUCAAAGAUGGUAAAGGUUCAAUGGAAAGUGUGGAAGAAGAAGGGUCAGGAGGAGCAGAGUGUUUGAGGAUAUAUGUAGAAACUGUGAAGAUUGAUAUGGAAGAGCAGGAGAAACUUUCAGUGGAAGCUGCUAACUCCUUGAUGUAUACCUUGAGAGCACAGCUUGAGCCUUUUAGGUUUGUUGUCGACGAGAAUUCUCCCUGGGAGGAGAGGUCUGCAGCGGCGAGAUUGGCUUGCAGGAUGAAGAAAUCUAAAAGGAAUAAACUUUGGAAGAAGAAUAAGAGACGUUGCGUUGCAGAGAUGCGUGCUAAGGAGCCUGAAAGGUUUGAAAAGGCUGAUCGAGAGGCUGAUGAAUGGAGGGAGAAGGAAAUGGCCAAGGACAUGGCUAACAGAAAGGUUGAUGAGAUGAAGGCUAUUGAGAAGGUCAAGGCGAAACGAGAGCGAAGGAGAUUAGAACCCGAGCUUGAACUAGCGCUAAUAGUCGAGGAAAUGCAAGAGUUGCGUUCACUAAGAAUCGAUAAACUGAAGAAGCAAGGGCAUUUUCUUCCGGAAGAAGAUGACAAGUUCUUUGAGAGUGUUCGAGCUGCGGUGGAGCAAGAGGAGAAUCAAGCUCAGUCCGUAACCAACACAGAAACCCAAGAGAAUGUCAUUGCCUCCGAGGAACACACUAGUCUAACAACCGAUAACAAAAUCGUCAACAAAGACACGGAUAAAGAGAGUAACACUAUCGCAGAAGCGUCUUGUGAAAAGACAACAGAAGCUCCUCUUGACAGUGGUUGCGACAAUGUAUCAAAUUUACCGGUGGAAUGUUAUCACUACUACUACGGAAGCAAUUUGGACAUGGGUAGACUUAUCGAGAUCAGACGAGAAUGGGAUGCAUAUCUGAGUCCAGGGGGAAGUCGGAUUCCUGGACACUGGGUGCAGCCAUCGCCACCAGUUAAUGAGAUUUGGGCUUCUUGUCUUGUUAAAAACUCCAAAGAGCGAUCUUAGUUAGUGGCUGAUCGGAUUCUUGGAAACAGGAAAGUGUCCAAACAAUUGAUCUUAGCACCUCCCGGCACUGAGUUUCAUAAAUAUUGUUACUGGGGAAGUUUUAAUUGAUGUACAUUUUGAAAUCACAAUUUUUGAGUUCCACCAAGUUGAUAUUUUGAAAUUAAGUUUUGUAAUCAGCUAAUAAACAAUUUUCGUCUA